CCGCCCGGCGCCGCCGUAGCACUUCGGUGCGUUGCACCGCAGGAGUCUAGGCAGUUCGGUGCGCGGCUGAGCGCUGGACCCCACCCGGUGGGCGACGGAACGCGUGCUUGCGCCUGUGCUCCUGUGUUCCUGGGCCCUCGCCGCUGCACCGUCGGGAAUUGGGGAGGUACGGUGCGUGGCCUCUGGGUGCAUCGCUGCUUCGGGCGCCGCAGCCCGCAACCGCCUGCCUUCCUCGGCCCUGCCCCUCCCCAGGGGCGCAGGCCGUCGGUGACCGCCCACCGCCCCUCUCAACCGUGCAGGGGGCUGCGGUGCGGCGUCCUGCGCGUUCCCGCAGCCGGCCCUCCGGCCUGCCUUCCCCGCAGGCAGCCCGCACCUUGGAGGGAGGGAGCAGUCUGUGCCGGCACCGGCACGGUCAGGCGGGGAGAUGAGCUUCUUCGGCUUCGGGCAGAGCGUGGAGGUGGAAAUCUUGCUGAAUGAUGCGGAAAGUAGGAAGAGAGCAGAGCACAAGACAGAAGACGGGAAGAAGGAGAAAUAUUUCCUCUUCUACGAUGGGGAGACCGUCUCGGGGAAGGUGAGCUUAUCUCUGAAGAACCCCAACAAGCGACUAGAGCACCAGGGCAUCAAGAUCGAGUUCAUUGGGCAGAUCGAACUCUACUAUGACCGUGGGAACCACCAUGAGUUUGUGUCCUUGGUGAAGGACUUGGCUCGGCCGGGAGAGAUCACCCAAUCACAAGCCUUCGACUUUGAGUUUACUCACGUGGAAAAGCCGUAUGAGUCCUACACAGGGCAGAAUGUGAAGCUACGCUAUUUCCUCCGAGCAACCAUCAGCCGCCGCCUCAAUGAUGUCGUCAAAGAGAUGGACAUUGUAGUUCACACCCUUAGCACGUACCCCGAGCUGAACUCAUCCAUCAAGAUGGAAGUUGGGAUCGAGGACUGCCUGCACAUUGAAUUUGAGUAUAACAAAUCCAAAUACCACUUGAAAGAUGUCAUUGUAGGGAAGAUAUACUUCCUGCUGGUGAGAAUCAAAAUCAAGCACAUGGAGAUAGACAUCAUCAAACGGGAAACGACAGGCACGGGUCCCAAUGUGUACCACGAGAACGACACAAUAGCCAAGUAUGAGAUCAUGGACGGGGCUCCAGUCCGAGGUGAGUCCAUCCCCAUCAGGCUCUUCCUGGCAGGAUAUGAGCUCACGCCCACCAUGCGGGACAUAAACAAGAAGUUCUCUGUGCGCUAUUACCUCAACUUGGUGCUGAUAGAUGAGGAGGAACGGCGCUACUUCAAGCAGCAGGAGGUGGUGUUGUGGCGGAAGGGUGACAUUGUACGGAAGAGCAUGUCCCACCAGGCAGCCAUUGCCUCACAGCGCUUCGAGGGCACAAGCUCCCUGGGUGAGGUUCUCUGGGCUUCCUGAGACAGAAGCUGAGCGCAUCCCUGGCAUUCACCCGCCAGCAGAGCUCUGGGUAGUCGUGUCUUACACACCCUUCGACGGUUCCUGAGGUAGUGGCAGAAGUUGUUGGGCCUGUC